AUGCAAGAAAUUUCACGUUUGUUGCUCUUUCUUCUUUUUCUAUUUACCACUGGGUAUUCAUUGAAAUGCUGGUUGGAUGUGAGCAGUAAGCCGUUUCAUUCGGUUAAUGGUGUUCAAGAAGCAUGUCAAUGUGGCGAAUCAUGCAUAAUAUUCUAUACAGCGGGUUUCUAUUAUUGGGAAUGUGCAUGUGAGGUGCCGGAAGAGGGCCCACAAAUUGACUUCUGUCCAACGAAUGAGAUAUUCGAUGACACAAAUUCGCCUACUACAUCUGCAACGACGAAACUAAAGUGUUGGUCGGAUGAAAACAACAAACCACAUCAUUCGAUAUUUAAUGCUCAAGUCGAAUGUGAUUGUGGCGAUUCGUGCAUCACAGCACAUACUGGAGUACCUGUCUACCUGUUUGUUGGAGUGACGAGAACGAUCAGCCGUAUCACUCCGACUUGGCAAAAGCAGUUGAAUGUCAAUGUGGAGAGUAUUGCAUCAUGGGAUAUUUUACGGAAGAAGGGCUCACUGUGUACGCAUGGGAUUGUGCUUGUGAUUUGCAUAUUGGAGGGAAUGAGAUUUGCCCGACGAAUGAUCUUUUUGAUGAAUAUCACGGAUUUGACGCCAAGUGAUUCAUCUACGCAAUCAUCUAUCGUCACGUGUUGGCUAGACGAAAAUGAUCAACCGUAUCACUCGGAUGAGGCUUUUCAAUACGAUUGCGUUUGUGGCGACUCGUGCAUAACGGGACAUGUUACGACCAUGUCUCUUGACGUUUAUGUAUGGGGAUGUGCAUGUGUAUAUGAUAAUAUUAAUAACACAUAUGUCGAUCUCUGUCCAUUGAAUGAUCUCUUUGAAGAGCAUGUGUGCUGUGUGGGUGAUUUGUGUAAUGCCGUGAAUUGGACUGAGCCAACGAAUAAACCUUCGACGACUCUGAAUCCGAAUGUGACAACGAUUUGUUGGUUGGACACGAACAGUGAGCCGUUUCAUACGGAUCUAGCGAUCGAGGUGGAAUGUCUGUGUGGCGAUAGUUGUUUCAUGGGACACAUCGAUCUCUUGGAAUUUUUUGAUGAGUAUGUUUGGGAUUGUGGAUGUGAUCGACUCGGCGUUACACUUUGCCCUUCAAAUGACAUAUUCGACGAGACGAGAUGUUGUCAGGGAGCUUUGUGUAAUGCCGGAAACUGGUCGGAUUCAACCACUACAACCACUACAACUACAAUGACCACACCUACAACUAUCAGCACAAUUGUGACAACGAGCUCCGUCUCUACAACAGUCAAAUGCUGGCUGGACGAAAGCAGUAAACCAUAUCACUCUUCAUUUGCAAAGCAAGUGGUGUGUGAUUGUGGUGACUCGUGUAUUACUGCAUAUGCUCAAGAAGGAAGAAGCAGACUAUACGUUUGGGGUUGUGGCUGUGAGAUUAUUUCGGACGAAGUGAAUCUCUGUCCAACAAAUGACCUAUACGAUGAUUAUGUGUGCUGUAAAGGGGAUUUGUGUAACGGAAAUUGGACUGAGCCAACAACAAUCGCCACAUCAACACCAAAAACCACGAUGAGCAUUACAACAUCUGCAGCUUCAACGCUAAAAUGCUGGUCGGACGAAAGCCUUCAUCCAUACCAUUCGGCUUCGAACUCACAAGUGACAUGUGACUGUGGUGAUUCGUGCAUAACGGCCUUUUGGACUCAACAACUUGGCGAGUUGAUCUAUAUCGUGACAAUCACUUGUGUAUUCGAUGUGACCGAUCAGCCGUUUCACUCGAACUCGGUAUCUCAAAUCAAUUGCACUUGUGGCGAUUCCUGCUUUAUGGGAUAUUUUAACUACACGCCGGAGUCCAGAAACGUGUACGAUUGGACGUGUGGAUGCGACGCUGUUGCCGGGAAUUUGUGCCCAACGAACGACAUCUUCGAUGAAUAC